UUGACCUCAUCUAACAAAAAUAAGCAAUGACUGAAUAGAUUUAAAAAAGUGCGUGAGUGUGCUUAUAUUUAAAGCUACUGAAAUCUCAUAUUCACUGAAGGAAGAAGUCCCUUUGCCUUGUCGUCCCUUCACUCUGCCUCACCCAGCAACACCAGCUAUCCAUGAGUGUGACCAACUCUUCUGCCUACCGAUCGGAGCGGAGUUUCCAUCAGAUGUCAUCCUCUUCCUCCAAUAAUCCAUACAUGGAGAAGAGUCACGGGCUGUUUGCGGAGGACUUUGGCCCCUUCAUGAGACCUGGGGCAGACACCUUGGGUUUUUCCAGUGGAAGUGGGAAGAUCAAAACACUCGGUGAUUCGUACCAGUUCACAGUGGACGUCCAAGACUUUUGCCCUGAAGAUGUCAUUGUCACCACAUCCAACAACCAAAUUGAAGUUCGUGCAGAAAAGUUGGCCCAGGAUGGUUCGGUGAUGAAUACAUUUACCCAUAAGUGUCAGCUACCCGAGGAUGUGGACCCGACCACGGUGACAUCAUCACUGGGCGCCGAGGGGACGUUAACAGUCCGGGCACGGCGACACCCGGCUAAACAUGAGCACACACAAACCUUCCGCACUGAAAUUAAGAUUUAAACUCACAAAAACUUUACUAAAUAUUUGUGUGCGUGUUUAUUUUAGAUGCCAAUCUCUCUACUUGCCGUGCACAUAUUUUAACACUCCAAUGCUGUGCUGUGCUUGAUGACACUCUCACAUCUUCGCUCAUUGAUAUUCUGAGGUGGUUCCCUUUGCAGCCAUAGAUGAAAGAUGACACCAUCGGGUCUUGUACUGUACAUGUAUGACAUAUGUACAAGAAACACAGUCACACAAACUACAUGCAAUCACAUGCGAUUGUAAUUAUGUAUGCACUUGAAAUGAAUGGUUUUGCCUUUGUCUUAUUAUAUUAUCAUGUAUGAAUAAACAUCUUA